CCUUACGCCAUUUUGUUGUUUGAGCAGAGCAGCAGCGAAGCAUCGCACAGCACAAGAAAGGUGAGCCAAGAUGGGGAUUUUCGCAAGCAUAUUUAAAGGGUUAAUGGGCAAGAAAGAGAUGAGAAUCCUGAUGGUAGGGCUGGAUGCUGCUGGAAAGACCACCAUCCUGUACAAACUCAAACUGGGAGAAAUUGUUACCACAAUUCCCACCAUCGGUUUUAAUGUUGAGACAGUAGAGUUCAGGAACAUCAGUUUUACAGUGUGGGACGUCGGUGGUCAGGACAAGAUCAGGCCACUCUGGAGGCAUUACUUUCAAAACACACAAGGCCUCAUCUUCGUUGUGGACAGUAAUGACAGGGAGCGAAUCGGUGAGGCGAGGGAGGAGCUGAUGCGAAUGCUGGCCGAAGACGAGCUGAGAGAUGCGCUGCUGCUUAUCUUUGCCAACAAACAGGACCUGCCGAAUGCCUUGAAUGCAGCUGAGAUCACAGACAAACUCGGCCUGCACAACCUGAAACACCGGAACUGGUAUAUCCAGGCCACAUGUGCCACGGGUGGGGAUGGUCUCUACGAGGGUCUGGACUGGCUUUCAAACCAGCUAAAGACAAUGAAAUGAUCCAUCACUCCUCCUCGUCCUGUCUGUCACCUCUGUCUGCAGUGUAAUGGGAGACUACACUGGUCCUGGUCUGUCUUACCCCUCUUUUCGCCUCUGUCCCCCUGAAGAGUCCGACCUUGGGCCAGUGCUCCCAUGCGUACUGUAUGUGUACUGUAGUGAUGUGUUUGGAUGAAUGAAAGAAUGUGUGUUUGUAUGCGUGAGCAGAGUGGGAGCAGCCCUGCGGUGCCUUGAACAGAGUUAACGCCGACACCUCCUCCUUUCAGGGUCAGCAUAUCCAAAGGUACUGGUUUUUAAGGACGAAGGGAUCUGUCAAGAAUGUUUGUUUAAAAAAACAUGCGCUUGUGGCAUCAAGACCAUAAUAUAGGGCUGCACAUUAUAUGCGAUAUGUGAUAACGUCUAAUAUUGCGAUGAAUACAAUUAAACCGCUCCACCGCCCGGCCAUGUUGAAUCUCUCCUAUAAUUAAGAUCUUAAGAGUUUCUGUCUGAAUUGUUAAGUCCAUAUCCUGUAAGUCACAAUAAUAGUCAGGAUGUUGUGCUAUUCAUCAUCUGUUCCAGAUGUUUUAACAUUUGUUGAACCAUUUAAAAUCCAGUUCAGUUCCACUUCCGUGACCCUGAUAUUUCAUAUCAGGCCUUAGACACAGGUUUAAAGGAUGCAUCCUGGCUGUGCCCACAAAAGACAAUAAAUGUUUUGAGUGUAGUUACAGCAUCAUUGGUGGAUUUGUGGUUCCCGUGUAAGUUUCAGCUACAUUCACGCCAUUGGAACAACGAGGCCUUUCUUAGAGUUGCUCCCACUCUGGUUUAUUAUUUACUGGUGGUCUUAUAUUGUCUUUUAUCUAGUUCUUUUGGUUAGGGGUUGUUUUCUAUUCUAUUUUAAUGUUUUUUUAUGUUGGUGUUACGCAUGACCUGGUUUACUUUAGCAUGAGCUGACGUGCCAGGUGUGCCGUCUUUUUUGAAUAAAAUGUUCUCGGGACCAAUUGGUUGGAUUCAGGAUUGGCUCAUUGUUUUUCGGUGUUGGGAUUUGCCUCCAGAGCGUUAGGUCUCAGGGCAGGUGCACACUCUUAACCAUAUCGUCAGUUCCGUGAUAAGACGUUACAGUUGAAUAGGAAGCAUCUAGUCCGACCUGCUUUAUAAAUCAGUACCGUAAAUGCCUCUUCGAUGCUUCAGGCAGUAUAGUCCCUGCAUGUACCCAGGGCGCUUCCCCAUGUUGUUAUUUAAAUGAUGUCCCUCUGAUGCCCCUUUGCACAACCUCAUCGGCUUGUAAAACACAGGGCUGUGUGAAGACCGCAGAAUAUUCAUCAGCGUUUGUUAAACAGAGGUAACACCAUGUCUUGUCAUAUUAAAGGACGAACACUAAGAAUAAUGCAAUGGAUUCAGUAGUUUUUGAGUAAUGCUGCACACAAUCUCCUCCUCUCCUUAGAGGUUUAUAGUUCUGGGCUAUAUGUUUGUAGAAUCAUGUCAAGAUAAAGAAAAUUCAUAUCAAUCAAUAUCAGUAAUUAUCAAGAUGAAUGGCAGAUUUAUGCUCCUGAGUGAAGAUUGUGGUUUUUAAACUUUUCUUUAUCAGCAGAGAAUGACAAACACUUGAUGAAUCUGAGAUAGAGCAAAGUUUUAUACCACCUCACUGUGCUUACACAGUGUAUUAGCAUUAUAUUGGAAUAUUUUGGAAUGUUGUAUUGCUAUUUAAAAUAAUAUUGUAAUUUUUAUUUAUAUUGAUUUAUCGCCCAGCGCUAGAAGGUAAUAACCAUCCCCAUUACUUAUCACCAGCAGACAGUUAAAAUGUACCAGUGAGAAUGUUACAACAGUUCAACCAGCCAUGGAACAGUUUCCUUCACAUAGAUCUCAAAUGUUCAUGCAGUUUAUUAAGAAAUCAACCAUGCACACCCAUAACAGAGUGAAGAUUACGAUACUGUCAUAUAAUUACACUGACCUCAAGGGAAAUUCAUUUUCCAGUUUUUGUUUUUCUACAUCUGGAGGUUUUCUUGGAAGGUUUAUGUAACUGGAUGACUAAUCCUUUUUGACUUUCCCCCCCUAUUUACAUGUUGUCUGGUGUUUCCUAAACAUCUGUAGGUGUGUUGGAUAAUCUGGUACAAAGCAAGAAGUACAAAUGUAUGUCUUUUUUUUUUUUUUAACUCAUCCACCUACUCAUGUUUCCAACCGCUUUAAUUUUUCCAAUGUUUCUGGACAACUGACAGCUUAUGUGCAUAUGUAUCUCUAAAGUACCGUAAAUGCUUUUUUUCCAUCUUGUCAGCAGCUGAUAAAUGCACUAUAAUAAAUAAUUAUCUAUUGUA